AGCAAAGGCAAAGUGAAGUGAUCCCUCUUCUCUUGAAGAAAUGGAAAUAGCUGUGAUAGACUUCAUAAUCCUGGUGGCCGUCUCCGGUUUGACCAGAGGAGCUGGCGUGUUGCCAGACGCUCUUCUGAAUGCAGCUGUGGGAGAGACAGUGAUGUUCACCACAACAGUGACUUUACCAGAAACAUCACUUCUAACAGUGCGAUGGAAAUUUGGGGAUAAGGAGAUCAUAUAUUUCAGUUUGAACAACUUCACUUCACCAGAGUAUGAAGGCAGGAUCACUCUGUUCAUAUCUACUGGAUCUCUGGAGCUCAGGAGUCUGACUCAUAAUGACAAUGGAGAAUACAGCUUUUCCAUUGCUAUAAUUGGAGAACUACCGAAGGCAGGGACAACCAGACUGAGUGUACAUGAGCUAGUUUCUGACGUCAUGGCGAAUGCCAGCAGCACAGACUUGGAGGAGGACAGCUCUGUCCGUCUGUCCUGCUCCUUCUCUGGAUCCUCUCUCUCUUUCCUCUGGCUCAACAGCAGCUCUGAGGUUACAGCCAGUGACAGAGUUCAGCUCACUGAUGGAGGCUCCACUCUCACUAUAAAUGUGACUCGCUACGACCAGGGACCGUUCAGUUGUCGUGUGUCCAACCCUGUCAGUACUGACACCAGUAGUGAAAUACAGCUCUCCAUCAGCUACGGACCAGAAAAUAUUAAUCUGAUAUCACCGUCACCAGAAUACUAUGCGGAAGGAUCAGACAUCAUCCUGUCCUGCUCAGCUGACUCCAGACCUGCUCCCCAUUUUACGUGGCUUCUGAAUGGAGACCUACAGAAAGAUACUGGAGCAGAUCUCAGACUGAUGAACAUUCAGAUGAGUCAAAGUGGAAACUACAGCUGUCUGGCCUUUAACAGCAAAACUCUGAUACGUGAAACGUCUCCGCCCUCAGUUGUCUCUGUCCUGAUGGCAGUUUCCAACGUCAUGGUAACCAUCAGUGGCUCAGACUUGGUGGAGUUCAGCAGCUCUGUCCGUCUGUCCUGCUCCUCCUCUGGAUCCUCUCUCUCUUUCCUCUGGCUCAACAGCAGCUCUGAGGUUACAGCCAGUGACAGAGUUCAGCUCACUGAUGGAGGCUCCACUCUCACUAUAAAUGUGACUCGCUACGACCAGGGACCGUUCAGUUGUCGUGUGUCCAACCCUCUCAGUACUGCCACCAGUAGUGAAAUACAGCUCUCCAUCAGCUACGGACCAGAAAAUAUUAAUCUUACAAUAUCACCGUCACAAGAAUACUAUGAGGAAGGAUCAGACAUCAUCCUGUCCUGCUCAGCUGACUCCAGACCUGCUCCCCAUUUUACGUGGCUUCUGAAUGGAGACCUACAGAAUGAUACUGGAGCAGAUCUCAGACUGAUGAACAUUCAGAUGAGUCAAAGUGGAAACUACAGCUGUCGGGCCUUUAACAGCAAAACUCUGAUACAUGAAACGUCUCCGCCCUCAGUUGUCUCCAUAUUGGCCAUGUCUGGACUUCUUUCAACUGGUGCCAUUGCUGGAAUAGUUAUCUCAUGUUUAGUGCCUUUCUUUGUAGCAGCUGCAUGGCACUAUAUUUAUAAAAAAAUGACCGCCACCUUCUGA